CGAAAAUACCCUCCCAAAUCCAAGGCUGAACCCUAGCGGCUAACCCCCCGCUCGGCCGCUCCUCCGCCUCGUCGGCGCCAACGUUGCCGCCGACCGCCGGAGAACCCACCGCAUCGAGGAGCCGCCGACACGCUCCCGUCUCAGACGCCAUGAUUUGUGCCAUAUCCGGCGAGGUGCCGGAGGAACCGGUUGUGUCGAAGAAUUCGGGGCUGCUCUUUGAGCGGAGGCUCAUCGAGCGCUACAUCGAGGACCAUGGGAAGUGCCCGGUCACCAAGGACGAGCUCGCCAUGGACGAUCUCGUGGCAGUCAAAACCAACAAGAUUACCAAGCCUAGACCUCUGCAAGCUGCAAGCGUCCCCGGACUUCUUGGUAUGUUUCAGAAUGAGUGGGAUGCCCUUAUGCUCUCUAAUUUUGCUUUGGAGCAGCAGCUACAUACAUCAAGACAAGAACUUAGUCACGCGUUAUAUCAGCAUGAUGCUGCUUGCCGUGUUAUCGCCAGACUAAAGAAGGAAAGAGAUGAGUCUAGGACACUUUUGGCUCAAGCUGAAAGGCAGAUUCCUAUUUCAGCUGCAGGAGCUGCACCUGUUGCUGUUGUUACCAAUGGGAAAAUAGCUUUGGAUGAUGAAGUGGGUCCUGACGGGAAGAAGAUGCGUCCUGGUAUUAAUCCUGUUAUGAUCGAUGAAUUAACAGAGUGUAAUUCUAUGCUCUCAGCACAGCGUAAGAAACGACAGGUACCUCCAAGUUUGGCAUCAAUUGAUGCACUUGAAAGAUACACUCAAGUUUCCAGUCAUCCACUUCACAAGACAAACAAACCGGGCAUUUUAUCUAUUGAUAUUCAUCAUUCAAAGGAUAUUAUUGCUACUGGGGGUAUUGAUACCAAUGCAGUUCUUUUCGAUAGGCCAUCUGGUCAAGUCUUGUGCACUCUCACUGGUCACUCAAAGAAGAUUACCAGUUUGAAAUUUGUUCCCUGGGAUGAGCUUUUGAUAACUGGAUCAGCAGAUAAGACUGUUCGUAUAUGGCAAGGUAGUGAAGACGGGAACUAUGGUUGCAGGCACACAUUGAAAGAUCAUAAUGCAGAGGUUCAAGCUGUCACUGUCCAUGCAACUCAGAAGUACUUCGUAACUGCUUCCAGAGAUAACACUUGGUGCUUUUAUGAUAUUUCAACAGGCUCUUGUCUCACACAGGUUGGUGAGGCUUCUGGACAAGAUGGAUAUACAGCAGCGGCUUUCCACCCAGAUGGUCUUAUCCUUGGAACAGGCACGUCUGAAGCGGUUGUCAAAAUUUGGGAUGUGAAAACUCAGUCAAAUGUUGCAAAGUUUGACGGGCAUGUUGGAGCGGUCACUGCCAUGUCCUUCUCAGAAAAUGGUUAUUUCCUAGCGACUGCAGCUGUUGAUGGUGUCAAGCUUUGGGAUCUAAGGAAAUUGAGAAAUUUUAGGACUAUCUCUCCUUAUGAUCCAGACACACCAACAAGUUCUGUGGAAUUUGACUCUAGUGGGAGUUAUCUUGCCGUUGCUGGUUCAGAUAUAAGGGUUUACCAAGUAGCCAACGUCAAGAUGGAAUGGAAUCUUGUCAAGACAUUACCAGAUUUAUCAGGCACAGGGAAGGUGACAUCUGUGAAGUUUGGGACGGAUGCCAAGUAUGUUGCUGUAGGUUCCAUGGAUCGUAAUCUACGUAUAUUUGGGCUCCCUGGAGAUGAACAAAUGGAAGAGGCAAAAUCACCUGUCAGUGAGUAGAGAUGAUACAUGUUCUGGACUUUGCUCGCAGUGGAAGUGGGCAGAGCGGUUAAGAGGCGGAGCCAUAUUCAAAACCUGUGGGGGUGAGUUAAUGCCACAUGUUUUUCGCAACACAACACAAUUUUUGUGGCAUUUGCGUGAGAAUAUGUAAAGUGCCAAAGAUUUUAGAAGACUUUGACACCCAGGAUUUUGGCCCCAGCUCGGCAAGCGGCGUUCCCUACUGUAUGUAAACAUUUCUGGCACUUCUAUGCGAGGAUUACAGUUAGGAGCUGAGGUACAGAUCGAAGAUGAAUACCAGAUGUUUCUAGUGCUCACCUUCACCUGAUGAA